AUGGCUAAUUCAACAACUCCUUUACUCUCAAAUCAUCAAGAUCAAGAAUUCCCAUAUCUUAAUGAUCAUUUUUCUUCACUUGAACAAACAAUAGAGCCAUUUUUUGAUACUUGUAAUGGAAAAAUUGCAUGGCCACAAGUCUUGCAAGUCAUACUUGUUUCUCUAGCUUGUUUCUUUGAAGCUCAACAAACAUUCAUCACAAUUUUUACUGAUGCAAUCCCUUCAUGGCAUUGUGUUAGUACUAACACAAGUUGCAAUUCAAUGUCAAAUGUGUGUCAACUUUCUUUAACAGAAUGGGAUUGGGAUAAGCCUAUUUACACAUCCAUUGUGUCUGAAUGGUCACUUCAUUGUUUUACUAGUUCUAUACUUCAAGGUCUUCCUGCUUCAUCUUUUUUCAUGGGGUGCUUGCUUGGUGGCCUUGUUCUUGGUGUGUUAGGUGACUCGAUUGGUCGAAAAACCAUGUUGUUUUUCGGGUGUUUGAUUAUGUCUAUAGCUUCAAUCUUCAUUGCUUUCUGUAACAAUGUUUGGAUGUACUCUGCCUUGAGAUUUGUUAGUGGAUAUGGUCGCGCUGCGAUUGGUUCCUCUGUACUUGUGUUGUGUUCUGAGAGUGUUGGUAAAAGAUAUCAAGGGAAAGUUGGAACUAUAGGGUUCUUUAUGUCUACAUUUGGAUUUGUGUCAUUACCAUGUUUAGCUUAUUUUAGUAAGGAUUACUCAUGGAGGGUACUUUAUCUUUCGACUUCUCUUCCUGCUAUAGUUUACUGUUUGUUGAUACAGUUUUGUGUUUAUGAGUCUCCAAGAUGGCUUCUUUCAAAAGGGAAAGUUAUAGAGGCUUAUGCAGUUCUCAACACAUCCCAUUUCAAGAACGAAAGAUCGAAUCUUGAUCAUAACAAGUUGAGUUUUACUACCAUGAGAGGUUCUGAUCCACCUCUGAUCAAGAUUUUGUUGAGGAAAAAAUCGAUUCUUGGACAGUUAUUACUAGCUGUAGUAGCUGGUUUUGGCAUUGGAUUGAUGUACUAUGGGAUGCCAUUAGGACUAGGAAAUGGAAACUUUAGCUUAAAUCUCUACUUGAGUACAGGACUAAACGCGUUACUAGAGUUACCAUCAUUCUUGAUAGUGUUUUUCUUGGCUGAAAAAUGUAAGAGGAGAAGUACAUUAGUUGGACUAAGUGUUGUAUCUGGUGUUUGUGGUAUGUUAUGUAUGAUCGUGAGUGAACGAAAGGUUUUACAGAUGGUGUUGGAGUUUACUUCAUUUUUCAGUGCUUGUACUGCAUUUGAUCUGUUGCUGAUAUAUACUUCAGAGCUGUUCCAUACUAGUAUAAGGAAUGCAGCAGUGUCAAUUGUAUGGCAGGCUGUGGUCCUCGGGGGCGUGGUGAGCCCGGUUUUGGUUGAUGCAGGAGGGGAUAGUAACAACAAGAUUCUAGCUUAUUUGGUUCUUGGCAUUAUAACAGCAAUUGCAGGGUGUUUGGUUGUUUUUCUGCCAGAAACAAAGGGAUUGGAGAUUUGUAAGAAAAUAGAAGAGUUGGAACAAAAAGGCUGCAUCAAUGAUGUAUGA